GUCAUCUUUGGACCUGUUCACAGCUGAUCGAUAUUUUGGUAUAGCAAUGUGACCAUGUGAUCAAAAAUAUGUGAAUCAUUUUGAAACGAUGGCUGGACAGUGGAGUGCCUUUAUAUUCAAAAGAGAUGAAAGGGUAUACACGAAAGUGUAGCGUUAUAUGAAUCCAAAUUAGUGACUUGCUGAUUUUUUCUUGUAGUAUUUCCCUUGUUCUUUGGAGUCUGAGGAACCGGUUCAUUACUGCCGAUUUACCAAGGCGUUAUUGGAUUUGAAGCAGCAGACGACUUUCAUUGCUAGUGCUUGUGUGGGAUGCCAGAACAGUUGGAAUUGCAGCAGCUUGUAGAGACAGGUGGCAGCAGACUAGACGAUGCAGAGAGAGGUGAUGGAGGUGGUACCAGGUGCCGCCCUUGCCCAUACCUGGGACUACUCCUGGCUACACUAUCAUCUCUCUUCUUCUCUCUCUGCUCGGUGAUAGUCAAGUGGCUGGUGGAUGUGCAUCCCAUGGAACUGGCUGCAUGUCGUUUUGUGGGAGUCCUUCUGCCAGCAAUACCCAUUGUCCUUUGGCGCAAGGAACCACCUUUUCCACGAGGCAGGAGAAUAAUGCUUCUUCUCCGCUCCUUUGUUGGCACCACUGGCCUCAUGCUCAGCUUCUACGCCUUCCGCCACAUGCCUCUGGCUGAUGCCUCGGUUGUAGUAUUCAGCGUCCCGGUGUUUGUGGCAAUAUUUGCCCGGUUAUUCCUGAAGGAGCCAUGUGGGAUGUUCAAUGUCAUCAGCGUCUGCCUCACCUUGAUUGGUGUUGUGCUCAUUACACGCCCACCUCUUCUGUUUGGUCACAGCAUUCCUGCACUUGCGUCCUCUCCAGAUCAUGAAGAACAGAAUAGUGAUGUCUGGGGUGCUGUUGCAGCAUUCUCUGCAACACUGUUUGGUGCUAAUGCAUAUGUCCUUCUGCGUGCCCUGAAAGGUUUACACUUCUCUGUCAUUAUGACCAACUUUGGCUCAUUUGCUCUGGUUCAGACGCUGUUGGUGACAUGGGUUCUGGGAGCACUUUGUAUUCCACGCUGUGGACUUGAUAGGUUCCUUGUUGUGGCACUAGCUCUCUUCAGUUUUGGUGGGCAGAUUCUCCUCACUCUGGCCCUUCAGCUGGAACAGGCGGGCCCAGUGGCAAUAGCACGUUCUGCGGACAUAGUGUUUGCCUUCAUAUGGCAGGUGCUGUUCUUUCAAGAAGUGCCUAAUAGAUACAGUAUUGCUGGAGCAAUCCUUGUCACUAGCUCAGUAAUGCUCACUGGUUUACGCAAAUGGGCCCUUGCCCUGCCUGAGUCUUCACCUAUUAAGAGAACUCUGGGUGUGCUUGCAAGGUGAAGGGACACAUGAAAGAAUGAAGAUGCAAGUUGACUUGGUGAUUCUCAAGAUAGCAUUGUUAACAUGUUCUGAAGUACUAUUAUUGUUGUUGUUAUUAUCAUUAUUAGGUGCAUUGGUUACCUGCUACAAUCUCUCAUCAUUAUUCCACUCAACUUCCUCUGCAGGGGUGCCAGUGUGUUUCUGCUCUAACACAUUUGCAGUUUUCUCUUUGUGUCUUGACUCAUACUAAUCAGUUUUAAAUGUAAAUUAAACCCUAAGUUCAGUUUUUAAAUAUUUCAUUCCCAGGAAACGAUUCAUAUUUCUAUGAUAAUACGUAAUCUCAAGACUAUGACUAAACAUGGUAAAUGUUUCAUUUAUAGCCCACAGUACUACUUGCAAUUCCUGUGAAAGUGUCUAGCUACAGUUCAAGCCCAGGCUACUAUGUAAGACUCAGAAUUCAGCCUAUACUACAUACUUGUAAAUUUGAGAUUUUAAAGUCCUAGUAGCAUGGGGCUUAACUUGGGAGGGACUGUAAAGUUCCUGAAAAAGUGCAACACUUUGCCAUGUGGAUUGCAUGCAUUUGCCAUUACAUGCAGUGCAUGGCCUGGAAAGUUUAAUGAAAUGCUUGCCUUGUCUUGUUCUGUCAAAUACUGGUACCAUCAGAAUCCUCAAAUGAACAGGCGCUAGCAUUAUGAUCAUCACUUGCACU